GUAAGAAGCUUCCUGCUUCCAAACCAUACGAACAUUCCGAAAAAUAACAUAAAAAUAAUAUCUAAAUGGGCUUCAAGAGGAUGGUGAGCAAGAUGUCUUAUUUCUUCCAAGGAGGAAUCUUCCGAAGUCGACGACCAGUUUUGUAUUUUUUAGUUUUAAUAACAGCAAUCGUAAUAUUUUUACCAUACUUCUUCAAACAAAGACACAACAAACUACAUUCAAAACUCGUUCAAGAUUCUAGAAAGAUGAUAGCCAAAAAACCGAGCCGAGCGCUUAAGUUUUCGGGAUCAAAUUUCAUUCUGAAUGGCAAGCCCUUUACUAUUUUAAGCGGAUCGAUUCACUACUUCAGGGUUCCUGUUGCAUACUGGAGCGAUCGCUUGGUAAAACUCAAAGCAAUGGGACUCAACACUGUCGAAACGUAUGUCCCUUGGAAUCUACAUGAAGAAAUAAAGGGAACCAUGAAGGUUGAAGGAAACUUAGAUAUUGUGUCUUUCAUCAAAGAGGCCCAUAAACUUGGGUUGUAUGUGAUAAUACGACCUGGUCCAUAUAUCUGUGCUGAAUGGGAUCUAGGAGGACUGCCUAGCUGGUUGUUACAUGAUUCAAAUCAGAAGCUAAGAUCUUCAUAUCCUCCAUUUCUUAAUGCUGUGGAAAAAUACUUUAACAAGUUGCUUCCACUGAUUGUUCCAUUUGAAUACUCCAAAGGUGGGCCAAUAAUAGCUUGGCAAAUUGAAAAUGAAUACUCCUUCUAUGGUAAAGACAUGGAAUAUUUACAAAAAUUAUGUCAGAUUAUGCUGAAAAAUGGAAUUAAAGAGCUCAUGAUUACCUCAGAUUCUAUUCAAGCUUUUAAAAAUAACCCUCACAAUCUGACUGGAGUUCUAAAAACAAUAAAUUUAAAUUCAAAUGAAGUAACGUCACUUGAAGAGUUGAAGAAGCUGCAGCCCAACAAGCCUCUAAUGGUGACAGAGUUUUGGCCUGGUUGGUUUGAUCACUGGGGUGAACAUCACCACAUAAUGUCACAUGACCAGGUAGCAAACAGGGUGACCAACAUACUGAAAAUGGGAGCUUCUAUCAACUUUUACAUGUUUCACGGUGGAACAAACUUUGGUUUUAUGAACGGUGCUAAUCUGCAAGGUGAUGAAGGCUAUUUGCCAACAAUAACGUCAUACGACUACGAUGCUCUGUUGUCAGAAGCUGGCGAUAUCACGCCUAAAUACAAAGUGCUGAAAGAGGUGCUUAAGACGUAUGCACCAAACAGUUCUCUUCCAGAAGUGUAUCCCACGCUACCAGUCCCGAUUAAAAAGAAAGCCUAUGAUCCCUUGCAUAUGAAUGAGUACGUACCAUUGAUUGACACCUAUAAAUUUGUGGAUCAAACGGUCAAGUCCAAAACUGUGUUACCAAUGGAAGGAUUACUCAUCAAUAACAAUGGCGGACAGCCGUACGGGUUUAUCGUCUACCGUACAAAGCUUCCCAAAGGCUCCAAAGUUCUUGAAAUAGAGAAAUACCGAGAUAGAGCUCAGGUGAUGGUGGGAUCACAGCUUGUGGGAACUUUGGAUGCGUUUGACAUGAACAAAAAAUAUAUGGCAAUAGAAAAGAUGAGUCACGUUAAACUGGAGCUGAAGUACAAGCCAUUAGACAAGAACGAAGAGACCAUUUAUUUAGAUAUCAUAGUGGAAAAUAUGGGAAGAAAUAACUUUGGUAAUCACUUGAAUGAUCAGCGUAAAGGCAUUUUGGGUGAAGUUCUCAUCGAUGGAAAGAAACCUGAAUCCUGGACUAUUUUCCCUCUCAGUUUUCAUUCAUUAUUUGUCAGGAGAGUCUUCCACGAGGCGAAAUGGCAAACCAUGCCGCUGUCAGCAGACCAAUCAAUAUUGUACCCAGCAUUUUUUAAAGUAGUGUUCAACAUUGAUAGCCAACCCCAUGACACGUUCCUCCUGAUGGAGGGGUGGGGUAAGGGCGUGGUCUUUGUCAAUGGUCGAAUUCUUGGUCGGUAUUGGAAGAUAGGACCUCAGAAGACUCUUUACUUACCGUCGCCUUGGUUGACUGUUGGCGAAAAUAUUAUCGUCAUUUUUGAGCUUGAAACGAGAAGCAAGGAUGGAUUAUUGACGUUCACCAGCAAACCUAAUCUUGGCAAAACUGCAUAAAAACUAUAACUAAUCGCUUUCUUUUCAUUCAUGAAAGAUCUAAAGUAGAAUUGAAACUGUAAUCAAAUUAUUGUUAUCUGUUUAGCUGUGUGGCGGGAAAGUAUAGAUCUAGAGAAUUACUGAAUAGUUUCACUUCGUAUAAUGCACGAACAAUUAAGAAUAAGGAUUUUAGAACAUUUCCCUCUUUUUCAUUCUCAUUAGUUUUCAUUAUCAUUACUCUAAAUUACCUUCUGUUUUUUUUUUUGUUUUUGUUUUGCACAGCUCGUUAAUUUGUCAAAGUUGUUUUACUUCGAAAAAGUAGACUAGAAGAUUUUAGAUCUUCUAUUAUCUCAUUUUCAUGGUUUUCUUUCGUGUCUGUUUGAUUAUUACACAGUAAGAAUUCAUUUUCUUCACACGGGUUAAGUGAAAAUCUAGCAUGUCGAUAUCUAGAUCGAGUACUAACUGAUGACUAGAAGUCUUAAGUCCUAAAUAGUCCUAUAUAGAUUAUAGUUAUGGACUGUUGACACGAAAGGGUAAUAAAACUCGCGCGCGCGCCGAGAAUCAGAAA